UCGAUUGGAACCUAUAUUGAAAGGUAAUCAAUAAGAAUGUUGCAACUGGACUUGACCGAAAUUUAUUGUGUUUUCUUUUUUUUUUUUUCUUCUUCUUCUUUUUCUAUUUCUUCUAAUUUGUUUUGACCUUUUCAGUUGAACAGGACAAUAAACAACGACAGACAGAAUUCACAAGUGACAACAAUGACUUAGUUUCGAAAUCGACAACAUUAAAGGAUUAUCACCAUGGGAAAGAAUUAUCAUCUGUAAUGAAUAGAGAAGACGACAAAAUGGAACAGAAACAAGUUGCGAAUAAACAACAACGUCCACCAGAGAUUAGUAUUUUCAAUAGUCCAUUCAGCCAAUCUCGUUUUACUGCUAGACCUUCACCAUCUUCAUCUACACCUUGGACAUCCACUAUCCAUCAAGAAUCAACCAUUCGAGAAUUUCAAGCAUUGUCAAUAGGUGAAGCUCCAAGUCCUCCAGAAGAUCCUCUUAGUUCAUCCAACGAAUACGGUGCUGCUCGACUUUCGAAAUCCAAUAGUAGUCUCAGUAUGUAUUCUCUACCAUCCAAUGUGAUUGAUGCGCCUAGUCCUCAUCAAACAAGAAUGGAAUUGACACGACAAAAACAACCUCAGACGGUGGAAGAAAUACCAGAAAUUCGGAAUGAACGACGAUCCAAAUUGAACAUCCCAUUGUUUAAAAACAUCAGCUCAUCUUAUUCAUCGCCUGUUCCUGGUGCUUUGGCUCAAAUCAACUUUUACAAGAACGACAAUGAUACGGAUGACAAUAAAAUUUUUGCUUCAGAUGCUGUUGUGAGUCAUCCUUUACGAAUUGGGGUGGGAUAUGGAAGUUAUAUAUGUUAUAGUUGUACUGUAUUCAGCAAUAAGGGUGCACCAAUUACGAUACGAAAACGAUACUCUGAUUUUGUGGAUAUACGACAACAAUUGAUAAAACGAUACCCUAAUAUGAAAUCAAUACCAAAGUUACCACCCAAAAAACUGGUCAAGAAGUUUGAUCCCACAUUUAUUGAACAACGACGACGUGAUCUAGAAUACUUUUUCAAGUAUAUUGUAUUACAUCCCAAUUUAGGUUCAAGUAGUAUUGUCAAGCAAUGGAUUGCUCCUUAGUUUAGAUUUUUUUUUUUUAUGUUUUAUGGCAUAUAUAUACAAUAUUUUCUUUUCUG